AUGGUGGCAGAUCUCAUUCGCGACUCGCCCUUUGGGCAUAUCGUCCGCCUUGUCACGCGCAACAAGGUCUUCCAGUAUCCUGAGGAGCGCGACCCUGAAGUAUGGAAGAAAUAUGUGCACCAGGAAAAGUCGGGAUACAUGGCGCACCACGGCACUACAGAUCCGCCGGAGGAGGAGUCGGAAGAGCUUCAAAACGCGCAGGGAGUUCGAGCAAGGGAGCAUAAUAGCUCCGACUCUGCGUCGCGUACCCAGGUUGGCGAUGGGUUCAACGAAGCCAGUGGUGUGAAGGUAGAUCCUGAGAAGGGCAGGGAUAGGCAUGUUAUCGACUGGUAUGGUCCAGAUGAUCCGCAGAAUCCUCGGAACUGGUCACGCGCGAAGAAGUUCUUUGUCACCUUCGAAAUCUGCUUUCUCACCUUUUCUGUGUACAUUGGAUCCGCCAUUUACACGCCCGGUCUGAUCGACGUAACGCAAGUCUUUGGCGUCGCCCAAGUCCCCGCGACACUUGGUCUUACGCUCUACGUUGCUGGCUAUGGUCUGGGACCUAUUAUCUGGUCGCCCAUGAGCGAGAUUCCGCAAAUCGGUCGCCUUUGGGUCUACAUUGGCACGUUGUUGAUAUUUGUCCUGUUCCAGCUCCCGACUGUCUUCUCAGUCAACUUCGGCAUGCUCCUCGCCUUCCGAUUCUUGACGGGAUUCUUUGGCUCGCCGGCUCUAGCGACAGGAGGUGCGACCAUUGCGGACAUGUACCGCCCUCAGAAGCAGGCGUAUGGACUUGCUGUGUGGGGAAUUGGAGCCGUGUGUGGGCCCGUAUUGGGUCCUCUCGUCGGUGGCUUCGCUGUCCAGGCCAAAGGCUGGACGUGGACAAUCUGGGAGCUUAUGUGGCUGUCCGGCUUCUGUUUGAUAUUCCUCUUCUUCUUCUUGCCCGAGACGAGCUCCCCGAACAUCAUGUACCGUCGCGCCAAGCGCCUGCGCCGAGUCACAGGCGACGACCGAUUCACUUGCGAACCGGAGCUGGCCUCAGAAAAGAUGGGGGCAAAGGAUAUUGUGCUCAUGACUCUGGUCAAGCCCAUCACCCUGAACUUCACGGAGCCAAUCGUCUUCCUUCUGAAUCUCUAUAUCGCAUUGAUUUACGGCUUGCUUUACAUCUGGUUUGAGUCGUUCCCACUCGUUUUUGAGGGCAUUUACGGCUUCAGCCUGGGUAUUGAAGGUGUUGCCUUCCUCGGAAUACUUGUCGGCACCCUGAUCGGAGCAGCAUGCCUCUUUGCCUGGCUAUACUUUUACCAGGAGAAGCAGUUCGACGACGACGGCAAUAUCGCGCCCGAGAAACGACUCAUCCCAGCCAUGGUUGGUUGUUUCUUCGUCCCCAUCUGCCUGUUCUGGUUCGGUUGGGCUUCGCGCUCAGACGUGCACUGGAUCGUUCCCAUCAUCGGUACCUCGUUCUUCGGUAUCGCAGCCUUUACGCUCUUCAAUGCUGUAUUGCCUUACCUCAGCGACGCCUACCCCGACUCGGUUGCUAGUGUUUUGGCCGGCAACGAUUUGAUGAGGAGUGCAUUUGGUGCUGGUUUCCCGCUUUUCGCCACUGCCAUGUACAAGCGACUGGGAAUCAACUGGGCAAGCAGUCUUCUCGCCUUUCUGGGCAUUGCAUUCAUCCCCAUUCCCUUUGUGCUGUACAAGUUCGGCAAGAGGAUCAGGAACAAGAGCAAGCUUGCAAGGAAAGACAUCUAA